AUGCCAGCUUACAGAUUAGAGGUAGCUCCAUCAGCUAGAUCACAAUGUAAUGGUCCCAAGCCAUGUAACAAAACCAAAAUAGCUAAAGGCGAACUUCGACUUGGAGUUUAUGUAGAGAUACAAGGUAAUGGAAGUUUCAAAUGGAAACAUUGGGGAUGUGUAUCGGAAAAAGUCAUUAAGAAUAUGAAAACUGAUUUCGAGGAACCCUCAGAAUUGGACGGAUUCGAUGAGCUUCCUGAGGAGUAUCAAGCCAAAGUCACAAAAGCAUUCGAAGAAGGUCAUGUCGCCGAUGAAGAUAUCCCCGAGUCGGCCCGUAAACCACCUUCACCAGAGAAAGAGGAUGGUGAAGGAACCGAACCAUCUUCGAGUCCGGUGAAAAAGAAGAAGGCCACCCCGAAAAAGAAGAACGCUGCUGAUGAUGACGAUGAGGAGGAUAAGAAACCCAAAAAACCACGAGCGAAGAAGGCCAAGAAAGAUGAAGAAAGCGAUUUGUCGGAAGAGGAACCACCAAAGCCUAAGAAGACAAAAGCUAAAAAGGUCAAAGAAGAGGAAGAAAGCGAUUUGACUGAAGAGGAAGAGCAAAAACCCAAGAAAAAGGCUGCCGGCAGAAAAGUCAAGGCAGAACCUGCUCCAGAGGAAGAAGGCGUGAAACCCCGAAGUAAGAGAGCUGCUACUAAGAAAGCUAUAGUCGAAUCUGAUGAAGAGGAAGAGAAGCCUAAAUCAAAGGCAUCUGGGAACAAGCGAUCUAAGAAGGUCAAGGAAGAAUCGGAAGAUGAGGAAGAAGUGAAGCCUCCAAGUAAGAAAGCCAGGAAGCCGAAAUCGAAAGCCCAGCAGGCCGAAGACAGCGAAUAG